AUGGUGCGAAACCAUGCUCCACUGAGUUCUGCUUUGAACGAGAAGCUAGAGCGCGUUCUAAACUCCGUCUCUGAAAUAUUUUCGCUCUCACGAUCCAGAUUCUCCCGUGAAGUGUUUGCUAGGCAGCACUUGCCAUACACAGCGCCACAAGAGCACAAGUUCAGUCCACAAUGCCCAGAGACGUUUCAGUGUGUGCCCAUACCAGCAGUGCUUAAGAAUGUGCUUGAAGUCCCACAUAUUACUGACAUGGUUUUCAGCCCUACACCUGCUCAGCAAGGCCACCUGCCAAAUGCAACAAUCUUGACAGACUUCAGGGAUGGAACCAUUUACAAGAACUUGAUGAAUAUUAUUGGGCCAUCAGAGAUCAACACAAUCUUCUUGCUUUUGUAUGCCGACGAAGUUGAAAUAUGCAAUCCACUUGGUGCAAAGAGAGACACACACAAGCUUUUUCUUGUUUAUUUUUCUAUUUUAAACAUCCAUGCUGCUCAUCGCUCUCAACUCAAAGCCAUCCACCUUGCACUUGUUGCACGACACGAACAUGUAACCAGGCACGGGCAUCAGAAAGUUUUCAUGCCUAUUGUGGAAGACUUGCUUCAGCUCAAGAAUGAAGGCCUCACGUUGCAGACAGAAAGAGGUAUCAUCCAAGCUAAAGCUCUUGUGUUGGCAUUUUGUGGAGACAAUUUGUCCAUGCACAGUAUUGGUGGAUUUAACACCUCAUUUGCCAAAGGCAGAAUAUGCCGUUUCUGCAUGGCACAUUCUGACAACAUCAAAAGUCUGACCAAUGAAUCUAAGUGUGUUCUUCGGAAGGACCACACUCAUGCAGACCAACUUUCUUCCAUUGCUAUUAAUGAAGACGUGAGGCGUGUUUACGGUGUCAGCAAGCCUUCGCCACUGUUGUCUUUAGAGUACUUUUCUGUGUGCACACAGCUGCUACCUGAUGUGAUGCACGAUAUCUUUGAAGGAACAGUUUCACAUGUCCUGCGCAAUGUUCUCAAUGGACUUGUGAGUGAUUCUGUGCUAUCUGUAGCAGACCUCGAUAGGAUCAGCACAUUUUGCUAUGGCUAUUAUGACAGAAAGAACCGCCCUGAACAGGUCACACAGUCUUUUGUGUGUCAAAAAGGAGGCUUGAAAGGUUCAGCUUCACAGAAAUGGUGUCUGUUAAGGCUACUGCCCCUCAUAUUUUUCUCCAGCAUACCCGAAGGAAACCAUCACUGGGAAAUAUAUCUUGAAUUUAGAGAGAUAGCUGAUAUGGUGCUAGCUGAAGAGGUUCCUCUUGCAUGGGUUCCUUACCUUCAGCACAAGAUAGAACAGUUCCUGCAGAACUACAUGGGCAGAUACCCUGCCUCAGGCAUAACACCAAAGAUGCAUUAUCUGGUACACUACCCCAGAAUAAUGAGUCAGCUUGGGCCGCUUACACAGUAUUGGUGCAUGCGCUUUGAAGCCAAGCAUCAGUACUUCAAGAGAUUGUCUUCUCGCACUAUGAACUUUCGCAAUAUUUGCAAGACAAUGGCCAGCCGGCACCAAUUGCUUCAGGGCUAUCAACUCCAUGGCCUGGGCACUAGCAACGUGUCAUGCAAUGGAGCAUAG